AUGGGCAACGCCAAAAGCAAACUCAAUCUAAAGGCUCAUGUCAAACCAUCAUCGGAAAACCCACUAGGAGAAGAAGAUCUUUACGAAAUCAACGUCUUUCAUCCCCACAGAAUCCACCGAUUUUGCUACAAAGUUUUGAAAACGGCCACUGGAAAGUUCUGUAACGAGAAUCUAGCAGGUCAAGGCGGCUGUGGCGAUGUCUAUAAAGGGUGGCUAGAUUAUCGAACCAACGAAGCUGUAAAACCAGGGCAUGGAUUUCCAGUUGGCGUCAAAAAGAUCAAGAAAGAAGGAGCCCAAGGCUUAGAAGAAUGGAGGAAUGAACUGAAGAUUUUGAGUAGUUUUCAUCAUCCAAAUGUGGUGAAGCUCUUGGGAUACUGUGCUGAUGGUCCACACAGGAUGCUAGUUUUCGAGUUCAUACCGAUGGGAAGCUUAGAGGCGACUCUUUCAAGAGAAUGUAGCACAGAACUAAACUGGAUAAAAAGAAUCAAGAUUGCUAAAGGGUUAGCAAGGGGUCUGGAGUACCUUCACACCAUGGACAGACCCGUCAUUCAUCGUGACAUUAAGUCCGCCAAUAUUCUGCUUGAUGAUGACUUCAAUCCGAAGAUUGCAGACUUCGGAAUCUCAAGAUUCGGUCCGCAGGGUGACAAAACACAUCUUUCCACCAGGGUUCUUGGCAGUAAAGGCUACUUUGCUCCAGAGUACAUUGGAACAGGUCAUUUGACACUGAAAACAGAUGUAUACAGCUUAGGAGUUGUGCUGUUAGAGAUUCUAACCGGCUUACGAGCAGUAAAGAGGUAUCCAAAUGGAGUGCUAAGAGAACUUUCCCGUUGGGCUAGACCAUAUCUAAACGAUAGAAAAGGCCUACAUUGUGUAAUCGACAAAAGGGUCGUAAAGAAUUUGGACAUAGAAGAAGCUUACGAGUUCGCUACCAUCAUUCUGCAAUGCCUCACCGAAGAUCCAAGAAAGCGCCCAACAAUAACCCAAGUGUUGAAUAGUCUAGAACAGUUGGAACAAAACAUGAACAGAUGGAAUCACACUUUCCAUAACAGAAAUGCACUUCGAAAACCCUAUCAGAUCUUGUAA